AGGCAACACGAUGACGUCAUAUCCCUCCGCGGGAAAAUUCAGAAUGUGACGUUUGACUUCCUGGGAUUAAACUAGACGCGAAGAAGAAGAAGGAGAAGAAGAGCAAUAAAGAGAAGAAGAAGAAGGAGAAGAGCAAGGGCAGCGAACCUUUGCGUCUUAAUAACCACGUGUGUGUGAGUGAGUGACAUCACAACAACCGUUAAUACACAAUGUCAAAGAAGAGAGGACUGAGUUUGGAGGAGAAGAGAACUCGCAUGAUGGAGAUUUUCUUUGAAGCGAAAGAUGUUUUUCAGCUGAAAGACAUUGAGAAGAUUGCCCCAAAGACAAAGGGCAUAUCUCCCAUGACUGUGAAGGAAGUGCUGCAGAGCCUGGUGGAUGACAACAUGGUGGACUGUGAAAGAGUGGGUACGUCCAACUACUACUGGGCCUUCCCCAGUAAGGCCUUAAACACGCGCAAGCACAAACUGGAGGAGCUGCAGAAACAGAUAUCUGAUGCAAAACAGAGAAAAGUGACUCUACAGAAAGUGGUUGAAAAGGCGAAAGUUGGACGUCAAGAUACAAAAGAGAGAAGCUCCCUGCUGAAGGAGCUGCAGGCUCUGAGAGAGGAGCGAACUCAGCUGCAGGCCGAGGUGGACAAGUACAGAGAAUGUGACCCGGAAGUUGUCGAUGAGAUGAGGAAGUCAAAUGUCGUAGCUAAAGAAGCUGUCUCCAGGUGGACAGAUAAUGUCUUUGCCAUCAAGUCGUGGACAAAGAAGAAGUUUGCCUUUGACGACAGCCGCAUCAAUAAAGCCUUUGGGAUCCCUGAGGACUUUGACUACAUGGACUGAUUUAUUUUCUGCUCGUGGACACAAUGAGAGAGAAAUAAGAGUUUAAGCUUCAGUUUGAAGCCUCCACACCUGGUCUCUGCCUUUCUAACGUCUGUUCUGUGCAUUAGAGUGAAAAUAAAGCUACCAGGAUUUAUAUAAAAGCCUGGGGGUGGGCUUUGAGUAAGGAUGGAUAGCCGUGAGUUUGCUGCAACAGAUGGACUUUAUCAGCAGAUAUUUUGCUUUGGUGCAACCAGAGACUGAACCGUCCAUUAGUGGCUCUGAGGAGUGAGAGGGUUCUGAGCAGCCAGACGUUUGGGACACCUGUUUGCAUGAAAACUGAGAACUCCAAGUUGAUGAUGGAAAGGAAUCAACACUUAGCACCAAUGUGUCACCAGUGAUCUAAUUUAUAUGGUUUAAGCAGAUGGUUUGGAAUCAAAUGCUUGUGCACUAUUUACACUAAAUAACAGAUGAUACAUUCAGGAUAUGUUUUGUCUACAAGCGCUGUAAAUAUUUACAAUGCAUUUAUGUUUUUGCAGAACCCCUUUUCAUGUGUUGCAUAUAAAACGUCCUGAGUUUUAAUUAAUUAAUUAUUUCAUAUGCAUUUACUGCAGGCCUCCAAAUUGUUUGCAUUUCGUUUCCCUCUGUAUGAACAGAAAAGGAAAUAUCUAGAAUAACUAAACCGCUGCGUUUUCCUUUUUCUGCGCAACCAGAUGUAGAACAGGUAGUGUUCUGUUUACUCAGUGUCCUAGUUGUAAUGUUUAUAUGGGUUUGUUGAUUUAAAUUUCAAACAUACUCUGCUUGUCUUGUCGUUAAUGACGUGUUAACACGUUAAUUUCUUUUGUUUUAUCUCUUAGCCAAUAAGGAGAACAUGUUGGUAUUAAGAGACAAAUGUCAUGUGAGCAAUAUGCAACCUUGGAAACACAAUAGUGAUAACAAUCUGUUGAGAGUUUCCUUUUUCUAAUGCUUAAGUUCAAUUAUUUAUACUAAUCUGUUUCUGAACAAUGUGCAACUGCCACUAUUAUAUGUAUUUAUUGUGGCAACCCUACGCCUGUUGUUAGUACACUGGUGCCUGUAGCAACACUGAUCCACUAAAAUCUAAAUACCUCACUGCAGUUUUGUUUGGUGGAGCUGACAUACCUGCAAACUAGUAACCUGAGCGUAUGUUC